AUUUUUGUAAGCCGACCUAUUUAUAAAUUAACAGUAGUGUUUUUUAAAAAAUAUUUGUUGUGUAUGGUGGCAUAGUUCUGCCACCACUUGAAAGAUUAUUAUGUCGACUUGUCAGAUCUUGAUGUUGACUGGUCAAAUAAUUAUGUCGACUUGUCAGAUAAUUAUGUUAACUUGUAAGAUCUUGAUGUCGACCUGUCAGAUACUAUGAUGACAAGAAAAUGACAGUUAGUGGCACUAACACGCUUUUACAUCAAAAUAUUGAGUUGACAUAAAUAUCCGACAUGCUGACAUAAGGAUCUGACGGGUCGACCUAAGGAUCUGGCAAGUCGAUAUGAUUAUCUGACAAGUCGACAUAAUUAUCUGACGAGUGGUAGCAGAUAUAUGCCACCAUAGUUCUGUGAACGCAUGCACAUGCAUUUAAAUGAUCACAAUGAGAAUCCUGCAUAAUAAAAUUUGGGUAGCUUAACAUAACGUGACUAAAGCCUGUUUAUUUCAUUGCAUGCCAUUCAGUCACAUGUGGCUCACUGGUAUUAAAAAGAUCCGUCAGACUCUAAGCCGGGCCGAUGUUAUCUGUGCAACAGUGUCAUUUUCAACUAGGACAGACUUAAAUGAAAAGGGUCGAGAAAAAUUGUUGAAUUAGAGAUCAUGGUGCGAUUGAAGCGAAAGUACACCUCAUUGUUAAAGUGGAUGUGUUAUGCUUUGUAUCUCUCGCUGGCGUUUUAUGUACUCCAGAUAUUGCAUCGAGAUAACAUACUCGGAGAAGAACAAAAAAUUUACUUUCCUCCAAAUCGAACUUUCAGAAAUAUACCUCAAAAAGUGGAAUUUACUUUUGUGACUCAUAGAAAUGAAGUUACUGCUGUAACUCAAAGGAAUACAGUCUUGAUACAAAAAGAAAAGAAUUCAUUAAAGGAUGGAUUUAUUAAAACGGGUACUAAGGCAACACAUUAUCGGCAAUAUCCACUUAAUGUGGACUUGAAGGACAUCGUACGUAGAAUAAUGAUGAAAGAACCAGUAACAGUUAACGUGAUAAACCCCCAUCCGUUCCAUUACACUUUGAACCCGAAGAAAACGUGCUUAAUAUCAGAGACGUACUUGUUAAUUCUAGUGAAAUCUGCAGCUAAUCACACAAAAAACCGCGAAGCCAUUCGAAAGACAUGGGGGAGAAUUUCUGACCCUGGAACCAAACUCAUCUUCUUGGUCGGUUUCUCCACCAUUAAUAGUGCUAUAGUUGCAGAAAAUGCAGACCAUAACGAUAUAGUGCAAGAGAAUUUUCUGGACGUAUACUGGAAUAACACUUAUAAAACAAUCAUGGGUUUCAACUGGGCAACAACAUUCUGUCCAAAGGCCCACCAUUUACUUUUCGUGGACGAUGAUUACUUCGUUAAUCUACAAAAUCUUCUCUACUUCGUAAGACACUUAAAUCACAAUAUGCCUCUUUUAACAGGAACUCUCUUGCCUGUGUCUAUACCUUACCGGGAUAAAUCAAGCAAAUGGUAUGUUUCAUUGAAAGACUACCCCUUCCGUAAAUAUCCGCCAUAUUUGGCUGGAGGCGCCAUAAUUGUUUCAAUGGAUGUUGCUCGGAAAAUGGCCGCUGCCUUCCCCUAUGUGAAAUAUUUAGUGAUUGACGAUGCAUAUUUAGGAAUAGUUGCAUAUAAACUUGGAAUAGGCGUUACCAGAAACGCCAAGAUAUCAGAUCAAAACUGUCAAGAUUGGAGCUUGCGUACAAAAAUUGCUUGUCAUGGAUUUAGUAACGUAACCAAUCUUCUAGAGACUUAUAAGCGUCUGAAUAAACCAAAAACAAAACCUGUCAGUGUGAAAACCCAAAGUCAACCCCAAUCUCUACCCAGAGUUAUCGUUCCUGCUUCGCUCCAGCGUAAUACGCCCUCUGGUGAGAGAUUGAGUCAACCCCAGAACAUAAAACGACAUGGAAAGAUAUGAAAAAAAGUCGGGAUAUAUAUUCACUCUGGUUGAGCUAAAUUCUCACUUGCAAAAUAAAAGUUCGUUGGUACCGUUAUUACAACAUUUACCUCAUAUUGAAACUAAUAUAUAAAUUACAUCCUUUCUCAUAAUAAAACGUCGCCAGAAAUCCUAGAUUGCAUGGCCAGUAUCGUUUUCUAUAGCAAUUGUUGUUCAGAACCUCGUGGUAGGCAGAGGUUGUAUUUGAAUGAGUAUCGUGGUUGCCUGUUUGGAGACGUAUAGGCUUCCCCCAUCGUCGGAACCCACGGGUUUUCUAUCCGUUACAAACGGAUAGAAAACCCGUGGGUUCCGACGAUGGGCUUCCCCGGGCACUCCUGUUUUUUCCCACAUCAAUGACCCCAUUGCGCUAUCAUCCGUGCCAACGAGACAUAUUAAAAUAAGUUGAAUAACUUGUUUGUCAAUCAUUGUAACAUUAAAUAAAUAAAAUGAAACCUCUAUACAAAGAUUUAAGAAUUCAUUAUAUAAAUCUAAAAGCAUAGCUAAAGCCCCCUCUUUUUUUACACAUGGUAAGCGCAAGCUAAACAUAAUACAUACCAAGCUAUGACACAAUUGCGUACUCAAUUAUGAUUUACACAAAAUAAAUAUUAUACGAAGCGGCAAUUGUCGGUGUGGAUCCCCCGAAGAUGCUUACCAUUUUUUCUUCAAAUGCAAAAAUUAUACAAUCGCUAGAAAUAAUUUUUUUCUUAAUCUGCUACAACUAGAUCAUUUUCAUAUAAUUAAUACUCAUCUUUUAUUAUGGGGCGAUGAGUCAUUAUCCCUUGAUAUUAACAAGCAAUUAUUCUCAUUAGUUCAAUUGUACAUCAACGAAACUGGUAGAUUUGUUUAAUAUAGUUUAUGUGCAUGUUUCUUAUUCUCGUUUACGUCACUUAUUUUCAUUUAACGUAAUAACAAUUCUACGAGGGUUGUUCGGAAAAUAUUGAGACAACACGGAUAUUUCCAUUUCUAAGGGACGAAUUAUGGUGAAAAUUGGCAUGAACAUUGAAGAAACCUUAACAAAUAAUUAAAGAAAGUAAUAUUUAAAAAAAUGUUUAAAAUUUUGUUUACAACGGUAGAUUAACAAAUCGGCGGUGGGGUACCCGGCGCAAGCGUAAACUCGGAGAUUAAGAAAACUAAAACACCGUCUAUCUAAGUGUCCGCAAACUUACAGCUUAUACUAAAAGAAAUCAGAUUAUAUAUGUUAAUUUUGCUAUUUAUUGUGACUAACUUUUGAUCAAGUUUUACGAGUGUUUGAGUUGAAAUACGGACAUGGUACAGAUAUAUUUACCAAGCAAUAGGAAUUUGAAAACGUCAGUAUAUAGAAAUUUCACGCCAAAGCGGCGCAGUGAAUAUACAUCAAAUUAAUGAAAAUUUCGGAAAAAGACCUUUUUAUACCACCCAACUGCAUUAACAAAAACUAUACGACGGCAAGGGAUAAAGAACUUCAGUUUAUCGUCUUUUUUCACUAAUUGUUUAGCUAGAAUUCAGACAAAGUGACUAAAUAUCAAGUACUUUUUACACACUAACUGAUGUAAACAGUUCUAAAAUAUGUACACAGGAUCACUGUUGGAGACAUUUCACAGUAAUUUGAUUUUCAGUUAGAAAUGGCCCGAUUUUUUUUUCACAAAAUCAAGAAUGGAAGGAAUAUGCGAAUGUUGACAUCUUGAAAUAUACAGAAAAUAUGAGAAAUGAAGAAUUAAUUCUAAUUUUCCCUUUGUUUGUUAGGUUUUUAAAACAUAGGAUCAAUAAGAAGCGUCAAAAUGACGUUGCGGUAAGUUUGCAGUUGCGCCAGGUCACUGGGUGAUGGCACAUUGGUCAGCUUACCAGGAAUGAUCCAAUCAUGCUAUGGACAAUAAAAUUUUUACAUUGAUAAACUCUAUCCUGGUGUACGUUUUGGUGAAAUUUCAAGGAUUUAUCUUUUUCUCCAAGGAAAUAAGAGUAAAUGUCUCAAUAAUUUCCGAACAACCCUCGUAUAUCAUGCAAUAACAGUGGUAAGUUUUGUAUAAUUUUUCUAUUUAAUGGUAAAGACCUAGUAAGUUGUCAGAACUUGUUUCCAAACCAUUUGUAUAUGUAUCUUAUAUAUAUGUAUACAAUAAAAUAUGUUCAAA